AUGCAGUUAUUAGUUGAACAUGAACAAUUUGCUAAAAUGUUUAUUAAUGAAUAUACUGAAAUUUCGUACGUGAAUAUUUUUAUGGUUCAACAUCCAUCUCAUACACUUUUACAACAAAAUGGUUUUACUCAACAAGUUUAUCUUAAAUAUAAACAAGAAUGUCUUGAUGGUAAAAAAACUGUUCCAGCAUUCGAAGCAAUUGCUGCUGCAGUAGCAAAGAACAGUGAUACAUCAAAUUCAUUAAAACCCAAUGAAGAAUUUAGUGUUUUAGGAAGAAUUGAUAUUGGUUUAGGUAUUGGUGGUGGUGUGAUUAAUUGUAUGCUUUAUAAUGUUGAUGAUGGUCAUCAAGAUGUUAUUUUUGAUCAUUUUCAAAGUGUUAAACUAGAUGUUAUUGAAGAAGGAACUCAUUUUAUGAUUUCAUGGCUUCAUAGACCAAUUAUAUUUGAUAUUCGUACACGACCACGAUCUGUUCCAUCAAUAACAGAAAUAAAAGAUAUAAAAGCUAGAAGAGAACAGUCAACUUCAGGAGAGAGGUGA